AAUUGACGACGCUCCCACCUGAAUCUCUACAAAUGUUCACAACUAUGGCAGAAUUUAGCGAUCACCAACCAUCCUCAUCUGAUGCUGGAAUAAAAAGCGAAGAAUAUGCGCGACAUUGGGAACAAGGUGGGAAGCCAAUUGCCAAUGAUAACAAGGCUCGAGACCAUCGCAAGUCCCAGUACACUACACUUACAAAUGACUACUAUAAUGACACCACCGAUAUCUAUUUGGAAGCAUGGGGUGAAUCGUUCCACUUUUGUCGAUACCCACGCGGUCCAGAAGCAAAGUCUGGAGCGAUUGCUAGACAUGAGCAUUAUCUGGCUCACAUGAUGGGAUUACGUCCAGGAAUGCGGGUACUUGAUGUUGGAUGCGGUGUUGGCGGGCCAGCCAAGGAGAUUGCAACUUUUGUAGAUUGCAGCGUUGUGGGAUUGAAUAACAACGGGUAUCAAGUUCAGAAGGCCAAGGAGCUGGCUAUUAAGGAUGGCAUGGACAAGAUGAUAGAGUUUGUGAAAGGAGAUUUCAUGACGAUACCGUUCCCCACGGACAGUUUCGACGCUGUCUAUGCCAUCGAAGCAACCGUUCAUGCACCCUCCCUGGCAGAAGUAUAUACUGAGAUACACCGCGUUCUUAAACCAGGGGGCAUUUUUGGCGUCUUCGAAUGGGUUCUGACUGAUAAGUUUUCAUCGACUAACAACGAGCACAUGGCCAUACGCCUCGGGAUCGAACGUGGAAAUGGUAUCCCUGCUCUACAAACCAAGGCCACAGCCCAAGCAGCAAUGAAAAAGGCUGGAUUUGAAUUGCUCGUCACCGAGGACCUCUCAGAGCACCCGGAUCGCCUUCCAUGGUGGUAUCCUAUCUCGGGAGACACCAAAAGUGCUCAAGGACUACAAGACUGGAUGUUGGUCAUACGAAACACUAAAUAUGGGAGGUAUGCUGUGAAGGCCCUUGUGAGGGCUUUGAAGCUCGUUAGGUACGCUCCAAGAGGAACUUUGAAGACGACGGAGGAGCUUAUUGCUGGGGCUGAUGCUUUAGUAGUUGGAGGGAAGGAAGGGCUGUUCACUCCAAUGUAUCUGAUGGUUGGGAAGACUAAGGCUUAAUGGACUUUCCAGGGCGGCGGGGCUAUCUUAUGCAAUAGCCGGGAUAGGGCUUUGGAAUCAAGAGGCAGGGAAGGGGUUGCCCACGUGACUCGAGAGCAGGAAGUUGCAUUCCGAGGUUAAAUUGAGGUGGAGGUACUGUUCUGAUGACUUGAAUUGGCGUUUGACCUUUUUCCAACGUCCGUAUGCGGCGCGAAGUUUCAGUGCUAAGUAAUAUGUUUGCUCCGCCAGUGGUAUUC